CUUUCGCCAUGUGAAUAUAUGGAGGGGGGAGUCAUACUUCUUUAACUCUCUUUUGACCAGUUUAUAUGUUUAUUUGUAUAUAUCUGUAUAUUUUCUUGUAAUGGGUUCCAUAGAAUCAGCGCCGCCGUUGAGCAAUGGCAGAGUGAACGAGUCGCCCUUGAACCGGGCAGACGAGGUUGCAGAUCUCUUAAAUUCCGUCCAGGAGCUCAUCAUCCCUUUUAUCCGCCGCGCGGAUGAAGAAGCGGCUGUGAAACAUACAGGCCGCGGCUUGAGCGGAAGCUCCGGAAGCGCACUGGUCGAGUCGCACAAGCCUGCCGAACUGGUGAAGUUGCUUAACCUCCAACUUCCCGAGACCGGCGGCGGAAAAACAGCACUCUUAGAUGUGAUCCAGCAAGUCCUGAAGUACAGCGUCAACACAUGGGACCAAGGCUUCCUAGACAAGCUCUACGCCAGCACCAACCCCGUCGGCGUAGUCUCCGAGCUCCUCCUCGCAACCCUCAACACAAACUCUCACGUCUACCAAGUCUCCCCCGCCCUCACCGUGAUCGAAAAGGCAAUCACCAAGAAAUUCGCCAACCUCUACGGCUUCACCGGCCCCCACGCCGGCGGCUUCUCAACCCAAGGCGGCAGCGGGAGUAACCUCAGCGCCCUGAUCAUCGCGCGGAACACGCUCUACCCCGAGACCAAGACUGAUGGGAAUGGCACCUACAAGUUCGUCAUCUUCACCUCGGCGCAUGGCCACUACUCCUUCGAGAAGGCGGCGCAGAUGAUCGGUCUCGGCUCCCGCAACCUCGUUCCCGUCCCCGUCGACGACGCAGGUGCCAUGAUCCCCGCUGAACUGGAACGCCUCAUCCUCGCCGCCAAGGACGCGGGGAAGACGCCCCUCCUCGUUAACGCCACAGCAGGCUCCACAGUCCUCGGCUCCUUCGACCCGUUCGAGGAGAUCGCUGCUGUAGCACAGAAGUACGGGAUGUGGAUGCACGUUGACGGCGCGUGGGGCGGAUCCGUCAUCUUCUCCGAGAAACAGCGAUACAAGCUCAAGGGCGUUCAUCUCGCUGAUUCCGUGGCUGUGAACCCGCAUAAAAUGCUCGGCGCCCCGACGACGUGCUCCUUGCUGCUGGGGAAGGAUUUGAGGCAGUUCCAUCGCGCGAAUACGCUGCCGGCCGGGUAUCUUUUCCACGGCGCUGACUCGGAUGGCGAGGUGUGGGAUUUGGCGGAUCUGACGCCGCAGUGUGGACGUAGGCCGGAUAGCUUGAAAGUCGCGCUGAGCUGGACGUAUUACGGUGCAGCGGGGUACGGACGCAUGAUCGAUGAGGCGUUUGAGGCGGCGGGGUAUUUGGCGGGGUUGGUGGAGGGGAACAAGGAUUUUGUGCUUGUGUCGCAGAAUCCGCCGCCGUGCUUGCAGGUGUGCUUUUAUUAUGCGCCGGGGGGGUUGAGUGCGGUGCCGGAGAAGAACACGGUGAGGACGGCGGGGGUGGUGGAGAGGUUGGUGGGGAGGGGGUUUAUGGUUGAUCAUGCGCCGGGGGAGAGGGGGAAUUUCUUUAGGGUUGUGGUUAAUGUCCAGACGAGGAGGGGGACGUUGGAUGGGCUGGUGAAGGCGAUUGUGGAUAUUGGGAAGGAAUAGAAAUUAGAGGAUGAGAGGGUGAGAGUGAGAGGAUGAGAGAUGAGAACGGACAUUUUGGAUAGAUACCAUACUGGUUCCGCAAGGAAGGCAACAUAGACAGAGAUAUGGACAAAGAAAUAUAGGAUUAUACUAGAAUUACAGCUAAAUAAAGAUGGUUUGAAGAUACC